AAUUGUUGAUACAAGCAUGCCGAGAAUACAUGCGAUGCCACAUCGGAAGCACAGUUGGUGACCGAAUGGCGUCAGACGACAUUGCCCAGCUCACCGAUGCGCUGGCCAAAACGCAUGUAGGUGAUGGAGAGCUCAGCUACAAGGGACAAGGUCUGAAACUGGACAAUGCAGAGUCUGUAUCUGAGAUGGUAAGUGCCAUUGAGGCCUACCAAGGACUGCGUGCCCUCAGACUUGAAGGGAAUACUGUUGGAGUCGCGGCAGCAGAGGCGAUUGCCAAGGCUCUGGAGAAGAAAAGUGAAUUGCAGAGAUGUAACUGGAGUGACAUGUUUACAGGCCGUCUAAGAUCAGAAAUCCCUUCUGCCCUGAGGUCGUUAGGCAGUGCCUUGAUGGCGUCAGGUGCCAGGCUCAUCACCCUGGACCUGAGUGACAAUGCCUUUGGGCCAGACGGCGUGAAGGGUAUCGAGAACCUUCUGAAGAGCCCCGCUUGUUACAGCCUUUGUGAACUGAAGCUCAACAACUGUGGAAUGGGCAUAGGAGGAGGCAAGAUCUUGGCAGAUGCCCUGACUCAGUGCUAUCAGAAGUCCAAAGAGAGUGGUGCCCCCCUGAGGCUAAAGGUGUUCAUUGCUGGCAGGAACCGCUUGGAGAAUGAGGGUGCCACCGCACUGGCCAAGGCUUUCCAGUUGAUUGGUAGUCUUGAGGAAGUACACAUGCCUCAAAAUGGGAUCAACCAUCAAGGCAUAACGGCGUUGGCUGGAGCCAUGAAGCACAAUGCUGACUUGCGAGUGCUGAACCUCAAUGACAACACCUUCACCAAGAAAGGAGCGCUGGCAAUGGCUGAGGCCCUCAGACAUCUCCGCAGCGUGCAAGUCAUCAACUUUGGAGACUGUCUGGUGCGCUCCGAAGGUGCCAUCGCCAUCGCUGCUGUGCUGAAGGAGGGACUACCCAUCCUCAAGGAGCUUAACCUGGCCUUUGGGGAGCUGACAGAGGCUGCGGCACUCGUGGUGGCCAGAGCUGUGAAAGAGAAAACCCACAUGGAGAAGCUGGAUCUCAAUGGUAACUGCUUUGGUGAAGAGGGAUGCGAAAGGGUCCGAGAGGCAAUGGAGAGCAUGAACAUGACAGACAUGUUGGGCUCACUCAGUGAUGAUGAGGGUGACCCGGAUGAAGACGAGGACGAGGAUGGUGACGAUGACGACGAUGAUGAUGAAGAUGAGGGUUGUGAGGAAGAGGAGUAUGAGGAAGAAUAUGAGGAGGAAGAGAAUAGUCUGGACGGAUCAAGCGGCAGUGGCAGUGACGGGAGUCCAGUGAAGGAUUCAGAGAAUGCGCCGUCUUCCUGCAGUCGAGACUUCAAGGACUUCCUCUCCUCACCCUCUGCACAGAAGCUUCUAGACCUAGGAGCCAAAAGGACUGUCCUCAUCGAACAGAAGGUGGAUUACUCGGAUUCUAUGAAGACUGCAGAUGCAUUUUUGAAGAUUUCCUCUAUUUACAAAGAUGAUCCUGAAGUGAAGCAAGCAGUUCUGGACAGCACAGAUGUGCUGAUGAAGAAGGCCUUGUCUGGCUCGUGCUUCCAGUCUCACAACUUCCUCUCUUCCCUGCUGGUGAUGCUGGGAGUGCUCAAGGGAGAUGGGAAGAUACAGAAGGUGUGUGUAGUGCCCGGUCACCUCCUGGCUCUCGCCCAUGCUGUCGGCCAAGAAUACUUUUCUCUGGACUACGCACACAUGCUCCAGGACUUUGUGUCAAAAGGUGGCAAAGCCUUAUCCAGCUGCAGCAGUGCCAGAAGUGCCCUGCAGGAGGCACUGGACCAAAAGACUGACGCCUAAAGCCAGACCCCGGAGCACAAAAAGCCCCAUUGGCGCCACCAUGAGGAAACCCAACCCACUGGACUGCAAACACAUCUCAGAGCAAUCUGCCUAAACGCAACAAUUUUUUAAACAAAAAAGAAAAGAUAUUUUCUAAGAGCUCUCUGAGAUUCUGUAUGGUUUAUUUCAUAGGAAUGUAGCACUGUGUAGUCGGGAGUUUAUUGUUAUCAAGGAUCUGUUUUUGCACCUCAACUCAAAGCCUCCUGCAGACCCGUGGAGGUUAAAUGCUCUCACGUUAAAACAAACAUCAUCAUGUAGGCUUAUGCCUGGAUUCAGAGUGUUUACUCUGGCUUGACUUUUUCAUUUCACCGAUACGAUUUCAAUCAAAGUGUCUUUCGGAGCUGUGUCAAAUUCAGGUCGCCUGCUCAUCUGUUUGUGUAAGAGUUUAGAAACAGACUGAAAACUGGGAUGAGAUAGAUGACUGCAAAGUGCCUAAUCCAUGUGUUAACUAGUGGUGUCAACAAUAAUCGAUUCGGCAAUGCAUCGCAAUGCAGGGCACGACAAUUCAAUAAUCGAUUCGGCAAGUGCCAUAAUCGAUGCAGCAUAUUUAGUUUCAAUUACUUGCCAAUUACUUAUCCAAUUACUUUGGAUAUAUCUGGAGCAAAUGAAUGUUUAAUUAAAUUAAAUGACUUGAAAACUGCAAGACCGAUACAGAACACAGCCAAUUCAAUAUGGUUUAGUAUGUGACUGCAUGCAUUGCCUCAUGACUGAUGAAAAAUUUGCCUUGGAUUGAAUCGAAUUAUUACCUCUAGAUUCAUAAUCGAAUCGUGAGGGCAGAGCCAAUGCACACCACUAGUGUUAACAUGUCAACUGACAGUGAAGUCAGGAAAGUUUUGAGUGUAAUCAACAAUACAGGUCUGUCUUAUUUUUUUUAAAUGGGAAUGUAUAUUUUUAUAGUGAAAGGGGAAAAAUAAUAAAAACCUAACAUUAACAUAUACAGUAUGGUAAACAGGGAAGACAAAACGUCAAGGUGACUACUAACCAUUUUGCAUUAUGUUUUAUGUCAUGCAGCACUUUUUACACAUUCCGUGGUUUACCCUUUUAUUUUCAAAUAAUUAUGUAUAUGUACAUAUUAAUUUGGAAAAGCAUUUGAAAAAUCAACAUGUACUCAGGUCAGGUGAUCAAUCUAAGCUUAUAGGCAUUUCAAGACAUUUACCACAUUUGGAUCUUAGAGUCUGUCAUCUAUUCUUGAGAUGUAGCCAAACUUAUGCCUGUGUGGACAUUAUCACAAUCAAGCUCAUACCAUAAUUGAUGCAUGGUGAAUUGAACUUGUGGAUUAUGUUUGUGGUUAUGUAUGGACGUUAAUAUUGUCAGUACCUCUUAAUUAAAUUGAUACGAACAUCAUUAAA